UGAUGGACGCCCAGGAGAGUUUGCUUCCAAACCUGACGCAGAUACGAAUUAUUUAAUCACUGUAUUAGGAGUUGGUACUCAGGAUCAAUCUAACCCAGCAACAAUGUCGUUGACCCGUGCCGUGCCCGAAACGAAAGUCGGCCACAAUGGAAUCCGGUAACCAAUAAGCGUUCUCAUCUGCUUGCGAUCGUCUGCUCGGCGGGUCGGGAUUAGCCGCUUCCACAGCGCAGCUGUCAGCAACUUUACAAUUCAAAAGACACAAUGUCCAAGAAUGAGGAAAAGUAUUGUUUCCUGGUUGAAUGGAAAGACACCAGCACAGACACGCUUAGGAAAUUCAUGCUGUAUUUCUAUCCGAGAGACUCCACAGUGGAAAUGUUCGACACCAGAAGCCGGAAGAUGUUUCUGCGCCGGACCGACUGCGAGGUCUGCAGACUGAGAGACUUCUUUCCGGGGAACUUGGUCUACGUCCUCUCCAGGCACCUCAAGAUUCUGAGUUACGGGGAUUCGCAGACAGAGGCCUUCCUGAGUCCCAAGCACGAGAGAACCGUUGUGUUACUGAAAUCCUCGGGUGUACCCCGAGUAGGUGAAGUUUGGGAACUGCUUCAACGCAACGGGUUCAACAUCUCUAACGCCAUCAUGCUAAAACUUCUCCCAGUUGAGGCUGAAAAGUAUUUUGAGAUAUCUGGUAUUUCAACAACGUCGGUCGACGAAAUAUCUGACAAUGUCAUCUGCCUGGAAGUGAUGGGGGAGAGGGUAGUGGCAAGGUGUAAGAACCUUCUUUCACACGCUCUUGCAGACGACCCAGGCCAUGUGCUCGAUAAACACUGUCUGGUGUCAAGCGACAAGGAAACAGCACGGAAGGAACGGGAGUUUUUCUUCGGCGUGCAGCGAUCUUGCAACACGGCUUUGCUGCAACACACCACUUGCUGCAUCCUGAAGCCACAUGUUUUUAGAGAGGGUCACGUCUACAACAUACUUCAAGCGAUCACACACGCUGGAUUCCAAAUAUCAGCACUGGAAAUGAAGUUACUGGAAUCUGACAAGGCUGAAGAAUUUCUGGAAGUCUACAAGGGAGUAGUUCCCGAUUUCCAGAGCGUCGUGCAGAGCCUAGCAGAUGGUCCGUGCCUCGUGUUGGAGGUCUGCGGCGAACCCCCUUUUCAAACUCCCAUUCGAUUCAAGGAAUUUGUAGGCCCCACGGACCCGUUUUACGCUCGGAAGCUUUACCCCGACACCGUUAGAGGCAAAUUUGGACGAGACAUUCAUCGUAACGCUGUCCACUGCACGGACGUCGCAGACGACGCCAUUGCCGAGAUAAUGUUUUUCUUCGUGUGAAACUCAAUGGACUCGAGGGAAGUCGGUGUCAACACCGUCGUGCGGUUGAGUCUCAGCCGACAUCUGACUGGAUGUACUGUAAUGCGAGCAGUGGCACAGCUGGGGACGACAUCCCGCAAGAACUAAGAAAAUAACAUCCCUCGAAAUCCUCCCCCUCCCCACAUACAGAGUAUAAAUUCUACCGACGUUACCAGUCUC